AUGCAAUUCAUUGAAUUAUCUAAUUCAUUUUGGAGUUUAUUUAAAUUGAGAAAAAUUAGUUUUCUAUUAAUCAAUUUAAUUUUAUUUAAUUAUGAAGAGAGUUUAGGAUCAGGAUAUAAUAUAUCAAUGAAAUAUUAUCAUCCAUAUUCUAGAUGGAGACGAUCAUUAACUCCUUGUGCAUGGCUUGAACGUGGUGGCUUUUUUAAUAUGCCUAAAUAUUAUAAUUCAUUAUCUCCAUUUGCACAACGUCGUCAUAUUUGUUCAAGUUAUUCAAGUUGUCCACUUACAUGGCUUCCAACAAAUGAUGUUAAAUCAUUAACAUUUAAGCUUAUAGGUACUGAUGAUAUGCGUGAUUAUGAAUUUCAAGCUCAUUUUUGUAACAGAAUCUAUGAAGCGCGACAUCGUUAUUGCACUAUGGAAGAGGGAGAAAUUGCAUUUGAGUUGAGGCAGAUAGGGACAUGGUUGAUGGUAGACCGCAUCAAUUGUCGAUGUUUAGGCAUUGCUGAUGUUGAACGUUAUGGAUACAGUAAAGGUGUUCAAUUCGGAGAUCGCGUUUUUCGUGGUAAUUAUAUACACAUGACAUGUGCAACAAAGCCUCAAUGUAAAGUGGAUGAUUUUUGUUAUAUUGAAACACCAAGUACAGAUGGUUAUAUUUAUGGUGGUCGAGUACCAUGCAUUUGUCCAAAACAAUAUCAUUGUCCAAUUUAUUUUAUACGAGAUAAACGUAUUCCACAAAUCAAUGAUGAUGGACGUGUUAUCAGUUAUGGAAUUAAAUGUAAACGAAGAAAUUAUUAA